AUGGCUCGACCAGCCUUCGAUGACGAGGAGAGCGACGCAGAGUCUACGGAGACUCUGAUCAAACAUUCUGAAGACUGUGUGCCACACUUACGACGACGACGACGACAGACGAGAAGAACAUGGAGAACGGUUGCAGUUCAUGCUGCGGCCAUCGUCUUCUACGGAGUGAUUGCGACCUUGUUCACAAUUCAUGUGAAUUCCAGAAACAGACGGAGCCUCAUCUACUCACCCGCGAAUCCAGUGGUCGAGUAUGAAAACCGAGUUUACAGCCCUCAUCUCAAAGGUGACUCGGAAUACUUUGGCCGCCCCAGUGCUGAGAUCGAUUCCAACUGGGAGGAUCUAAUGCUCGCAUCUACGAUUCAUUUGACCGAGGCCGAUAGGCAGCAUCACAGUAGUGAUCUUCCGACGGUGCAGCUCCCCGAUGGAACGUAUGCUGGACAGUUGAUGGUAUAUCAUGAACUACAUUGUCUUAAGCGACUGCAUCAGUACAUCAACGCGGACCACUACUUCCCGAACCUCACCGAUUACGAUCGGCGAAUGAACAAAAUGCACACAGAACACUGCCUAGGCACUCUUCGGCAAGGUGUCAUGUGCCACGGCGACGUGAGCGUCAUGCCCAUGGUUUGGGGAAAGCACUCUCGUAUACCGCUCGGGGACUUCUCUAGUCCGCAUCAGUGUGUCAACUUUGGCAAGCUGCAUGCAUGGGCGGUACAGCGUGCCGUGACCGACGGGACAGAGCCAGGCGUGUUGGUGCAUCCGGUCCUAGGCCCGUCGUUUCCCGAUGGCAAAGGGACUAAGAUCGGAUUCGGCGAUGAGGACAUCGAUGCUGAAGGUAACAUCAUUACUUUGAACAGUCCUGAUAGACAUGAGGAUACGUUCUAG